UUCAGUCCACCCCAAUAACCGUUAUUUACGUCGGUAAAUUUUGAUUCAAAAUUCCCCCGUUGCUAGCAAAAAAAUCACUACACUUCGGUAUUGUCAUCGUAGGGCGGUCCCAGUCGAGGGUUACAUGCUUGUACCGUUCCUCGUUUUCAUUGUAGAAGUCCACAUAUUUUCGCGGAAAAGGAUACAUUUUCCUCCCCAUUCUUUGCAUGGUAGUUGCCAGUUCAGCUCUGUUUUCAAGCCGGUCCAAGAUGGAUGCGGAGUUGUAGAAGGGUAGCAGUAAAGCUCGGAAUAAGCAACCUAGCUUUAGCUUAAACCGAAUCCGAGCUGACAAUUGAGCAAAACAAGUUAAACAAAACGUUUUUCAGCAUUUUAUUGCGACGUAGUUCCUUUAUCCUAAUACAUUUUUGCCACAAUGAUCGAAUCAAUCCUUGCAUGACUCGGUAGAAGGCUAAUGUUAAUAGCUACACAGCUAGCACCGCACAUACAGCGACAAUAAGUAGCGCAGCACGAGAAUGGGAGAGCGGCUAGAACUCAAGCUGAAAUCGCCAGUUGGAGCAGAACCCGCGAGUUACCCAUGGCCGUUACCAGUAUACGAUAAACACCAUGACGCUGCUCAGGAGAUUAUUGAAACAAUACGGUGGGUUUGUGAGGAGAUCCCCGACCUUAAGCUGGCCAUGGAAAACUACGUCCUGAUCGACUAUGACACAAAAUGCUUUGAGAGCAUGCAGAGGCUGUGUGACAAGUACAACAGGGCCAUCGACAGCAUCCACCAGCUGUGGAAGGGCACCACGCAGCCGAUGAAGCUGAAGAGGCGCCCGUCCCCCGGCCUGCUCCGGCACGUCCUGCAGCAGGUGUACAACCACUCGGUCACCGACCCCGACCGGCUCAACAACUACGAGCCCUUCAGCCCGGAGGUGUACGGCGAGACCUCCUUCGACCUGGUCACGCAGAUCAUCCAGGAGAUGGACAUGGUGGAGGAGGACACCUUCGUGGACCUGGGCAGCGGGGUCGGGCAGGUCGUGCUCCAGGUUGCUGCGGCGACCAGCUGCAAGCACUACUUUGGGGUGGAGAAGGCGGAGACACCGGCCCGCUACGCAGAGUCGAUGGACAGAGAGUUUAAGAGGUGGAUGAAGUGGUACGGGAAGAAGCACGGGGAGUACACGCUGGAGCGGGGUGACUUCCUGUCCGAGGAGUGGAAAGACAGGAUAGCGAACGCCAGUGUGAUAUUUGUGAAUAACUUUGCCUUUGGUCCCGAGGUGGAUCACCAGCUGAAGGAGCGGUUUGCUAACAUGAAGGAAGGUGGCAAAAUCGUGUCCUCAAAACCUUUUGCGCCUUUAAACUUUAGGAUCAACAGUCGAAACUUGAGCGACAUCGGUACCAUAAUGAGGGUGGUGGAGCUCACCCCUCUGCGUGGAUCAGUGUCCUGGACCGGAAAACCAGUGUCUUAUUACCUGCACACCAUAGACCGCACCAUACUUGAAAAUUAUUUCUCUUGCCUGAAGAAUCCAAAACUCAGGGAGGAACGAGAAGCAGCUAGGCGCCGACAACAGAAGGAGAACAGAGACAGCAAAAGCUCCUCCACAGCUAAGGUGCUGUGCAGGGAGGGGGGGCGUUUGGGGCUCCUGGCGCUGAAGGACUCCCCCGCACCGCGGCGGUCCGGGCUCAUGGGGAAGGCCUGUAAGCUGGGCGGCGGCGGCGGCGGGAGGCGGGGCCGGCCCAGGAAGGGCGUGGCCUCGGCCGCCAUGGAGCGCCAGAACAGGAAGAACCAGCGAGCCCUGGAGCUGCUGCACGCUCGGACCCUGGCAGCAGCGCCCCCGCAUGACGCCUACAGGUCCCCUCAGAGGUCCCACUACCAGCUUACCCACAAGCCCCAGCGCGGCUCCUACGGCCAGUGGCUCCUGGCCCCCACCCCCCCGGCCCUGCAGCACCUGCUGGAGAGCAUUAAGGCUCAGUACCUACACUUCAUGUCCUACAUGAAGACCCCUCAGUACUGCUCCAACCUACAUCAGGUGCUGCAGCAGGAGAAGAGGAAGCACAGCGAGCUCUUGUGUCGCGUGAGGCAGCUGUACCGGGCCUGUCAGUCUCACAAGGAGAGGAUCAAAGGGCUGUUUCAGGGGAAACUGGAGGAGCUGGGAGUGCGGGCCCUGACGGUGGAGGAUCUGCUGCAGGCUCGGAGGGAGAUCUCUGCCCACAACCAGCAGCUGAAGGAGAAGAGUCUGCAGCUGGAGAAGGACAUGGCCGACCUGCGGCGGCACAGCCUGGCCAUGCUGAAGGCUCGUUGUGAGGAGCUGAAGCUGGACUGGGGCUCUCUCUGUUUGGAGAGUUUACUGAAGGAGGGCCAGGCCCUGCGGAGCCAGAUCUCUGAGAAACAGCGCCACUGCCUGGAGCUGCAGAUCAGCAUCGUGGAGCUGGAGAAGAGCCACAGGCAGCAAGAGCUGCUGCAGCUCCGGGCCUACAGUCCCUGCGAGGACUCCCCCCGCCACAGGAGUCCGCCUAGCCUGGACCCCGAGAUGCCCAAGCUGGGCCCGGCCGACGCCCUGACCAACGGGCGGAGCCCGGAGGCGGCCGUCAACGGGACCGCCUCCCCCCGCUUCGACAGGGGGGCCGCAAGGGCCGAGCUCCUGCCCCGCUACCUGCCCUCCCCCGACCACGAGCCGGCCGCCCCCGCCCCCGAAGCUCGGCACCGGCCGCCGGGCCUCCCCCUGCCGGACUACACCCGCUUCUCGCCCGCCAAGAUCGCCCUGCGCCGCCACCUCAACCAGGAGCCCUGCCACGCCUUUCCCCAGGGCCCUGAGUCCGGCGCGCAGAGGGGGGAUGUUGGAAAAGAGGGGCUCCUCUUGCCCCCUCCCAUCACUGCCAGACAGUACAGCGCCUCCCCCACAGCCUCCGAAACGCCUCACAGGACCACGCCCAAACCUGCAGAGCGGGUGAGUAGAAGCCCGGCUGGCUCCGUUGGCGAGGGCAUCACCAGCCUGCCCGUCAGGAUUCCGCUCAGCACCGUGCACCCCUGCAAACUGCCUGUCAGCAUCCCCCUCGCCAGUGUGGUGCUGCCCAGCCGAGCCGAGAGACUGAGGAGCACCCCGAGCCCCGUGUCACAUGACAAGCUGAACGGUCACAUGAACGGCAGGCAGCCUCACACCCCCACCUCAGGGACAGCAAUAGUAAACGGUGCUUCACGCUGCGGGACGGUCCCGCUGGAACAGAGCCCUGGCCCUUCCUCCUCCUCCUCUUCCUCGUCCCCUCGGCCGCACAGCACCCCGCAGACGGGGCUGCGCAGCCCUGCAGCCGGGCCGGGGGGGGCGCUGCAGAACGAGCCCCGCCCCCACCCCCCCGAGGGCGAGGGCCGUCGCCGCUUCUUCAUCUCCUCUUCCUCUUCCUCCUCUUCCUCCCCCUCGAGGGGCUCCCGGCGGCAAGCCGACGCGGACGAGGGAGGCCGCGAUCGCCACGGCGACCAUCACCGGCGCCACGGCCACGGCCAUCACCACCACCACCGUCACCAUCGCCACGGUCACCAUCGGCACGGUCACCAUCGCCACCGACGCCACCGCCACCAUUCACAGGAAGGGGGGAAGCACAGGAGGAGGAAGCGCAGGUCGUCCGGGCUCCCCCCCACAGAGGGGGGGUCCUCCAAAAAGAGGGCCGUCCCGGGGCUGGGCGGCCACCCCUCCGCCUCCCCCCUCGACAUGGGCUCUAUGGUGAGCAACAUCAGCCAGCCGCUGGAGAUCGAGGCCAUCUCGUCCCCGGAGCCCAGCACGCCUGGCGGCCCCCGCGGCCCCCACCACGGGCACGACCUGGACCAGCCACCCGUGCUGAAGCGAGAGCGCCCCCUGGAGGUGAACGGGCGUGGGCGCGACUCCUCCCCCGCCAGCUCUGACAGCGCGGGACCCAGGGACCGCCCCCGCACGCGGCCCGAGAGGCUCUUUCCCUCGGACAACAGAGACGGUCUGUCAGCAGCCAAUCAGAAGGGUGGGGCUUCGCUCGGCAGGAAGUCCAGCGGCCUUAUGGGAAAUGAAGUCCUGGCUUCGUCCUCGUCGUCUUCCUCCGGCAAGUGGAAGUCCACCUUCUCCCCGAUCACGGACCCCAAGCAGCCCCCGCCCGACCUGAGACGGGGGGCGUCGCCCUUCGGGGCGGGGGGCAGAGAGGGGGGCGGAGAUUCUGACUCUGAUGACGGACCGCGGCGGAGACGAGGGGCGGAAAGCGGGGCGGAGUCUCCGUUUGACGCUGCGGGACCCUCCCAGCUCAAACGCAGCCCCCUCCUCCCGGCCCAGGACCCGGGGGGGCCCGAGCCGCAGAACCCCAGAGGGAGGGGCGGGAAUGGCGGUCAGAACCCCUUUGGGGGCGGCGGCGCCCCCGGCAGGAACGCGGAAGCCUCUGCGCCGUCGGCCGGGCCCUACCCGGGCGGGCCGCCCCCUCCUGCGGGGGCUUCUGUCCUUCAGCCUCGUUUCGGGGGUCAGACGGCCGCGCCCGCGCCGGGAGCCCCGCGAAUGGUGAACGGGCACACGGCCCACGGCACCGCCCCGACCUCCGGGCCUGCGGGGGGCGCUGCAGGAGGAUUUUCCCGCCACGCUGUGACUCCGCCCACUUUUCGCCAGGCUGGGAUAGCCCCCCCGGGGGGUGCAGUGCUCCGCCCCUCUCCUCUCAGCUUCUCCCCGCCCUCGCACCCCCAGCUCCAGCGCAGCGAGCCCCGCCCCCUCCCCCCACCCAGCCCCGCCCACCAGGACCGCGCCCAC